GGGGCGCGCAGCGGGCUGAGAAAAUGUUGCGCGUUCAAGGGAGGAAAAAAAAAAUCGGAGUCUGCGCAGUGUGAUUUUUCUCGACACUCCGAACUUUCGGGAGAACCACGGAGGAAGGAGGGGAGAGGGACAGGACAACGCCAUUUUUCCUGAGACCCUAGACAGGUGUCUUCAGCCCAGACUGGCAGGUGGAUCAGGACCCGAGAGUCCUGGAGGACGGUGACAUUCAGACUCAGGUGGACUGAGUUGUAGCGGGCCGUCAGAAGAGGAGGAGGAGGGGAAUGGAACGAGCCGAAGGCGCAGCCAUGUCGUGGCGUCCAGACGAAGAAGAGUUUAAGGUGGAAGGAGUGACGGGAGGGUUGAGAGUCAAACCGAGGUUCACCUUCAGCGAGCUCAAACUGCUGCUGGAGGCCGUGAAGAGGAACAGAUACAUCCUCCUCAGGAAGUUUAACCAGGGUGUGUCAGCUGAUGCCAAGAAACGGACCUGGACUGAAAUCACCAACCAGGUGAACGGACUGGGACAGACGCACAGAGAGGUGCGUCAGAUCAUGAAGAAAUGGGCGGACCUCAAAUGUGACGCAAAGCGACGCAUGGGGGCCCUCCAGGGCCUCAACGGCGGCAACCUGAGGAACAAGAACCUGGGCCCUGUGGAGAAGAUGGUCCACAAGAUAUUGAUGAUGAGUCCCAGAGGAGACUGCGACAGCGACCUGGACCUCGCCGAAGAUGAAGAUUUUUCUAAGCUUUACAGUAAAGGCCCCUCCCCCACCCCGCCCCCCUACUCCUACCUCAGCCUGACGGACAGCUCCCACUCGAUGCCUGGAGGAGCCUCCUAUGAGUUCUCUCCUCUCUCCUCACCAGAGAAAGAGCUCGGGGGUGACCCUUUCCACUCGUCUCCUGAGUGCGACCUGACUGAGGACGGAGAACGAACGAUGGACUUUGAAGACAACGAUGACUCCAUGUUCUCCACCUACCCUUCCUCUCUCCCCCCAACCUCCUCCCCCUCACUGGACCCCCUGCCUGACAACGCCCUGCUGAGGAUGAAGCCGGUCCACACCUACUCCAGAAACAACAGCCAGAACAACACCUCCUCCCGCCCUCCACCUGGACCCUCCUCCUCUGUGGCCUCCACCUCCUCUGCUUUCCCCUUAGUGUCUGAUUCAGACGCUGCCUCGUCCUCAGCUGCACCUCCCUCGGAGCAGUCCCACACAACCGCCCCCCCUCCACCUCCUUCUACAUCUGCUGCAGCCAAUACCUCACACCCUGCACCUUCCUUUUCCUCCCUCCCACCUCCUGCUCCUCCUGCUGCUGUAUCUUCCUCCUCUGCUGCUUCUACUGCGACCUCCUCCUCAAACUCCCACAAAGCCCCUCCCCUCUCCUCAGCGCUUCCACCCAGGCGUGCCUCCUCCUCAGGCUCAAACCCGCCUGACCCUCUCCCGGGUGGAGCUUCGUCCCACAGGGACCAGGUGGCCCAGAUGGCGUCUCAGAGCCUCCAGCAGCAGCGUGCCAGCAGGAUGCUCCUGACCUCGGUGUCUCAGUCUCUGGAGAUGUUGGCGCAGUCGGUGCAGCUGCUGGUGGAGACGCAGCAGGAGUUUGUGCAGGAGUCUUUGCUUCUGCAGAGGGAGACGGUGGACGUCCUGAGGGAUUUCUCCAACACGGCGCUGACUAUGCUGAGAGACAAAGCCAACAGUGGACAACUGUCCUCACACCAUCGCCCUGCUGCACACUUCUGAAACACGGAGAUGAACAAACUUCUAAAACAGACACGGCGGGCGACCACGAGCUAGGUGCAGCUGUGGCGUCCGUGUGGAGACGUUGGGAUUGAAACAGCCAUCCUGUGAGAGAGACAGUUCAUGUUUGACUUCAACAGCCUCUAUGGCUGCUGGACAGAAACGUCUGUCCACACACACACACACACACACAUGCAGUUUUAGGCUACAGGCUGUUUAUUUAUGUGCCUGGGACUUUUUUUUUUCUUCUAUAUUUUUGUUUGUUGCAGGCUCGUGUGUGUUUUCACACUGUAUUUAGAUUUCAAAGGUUUCGAGCUGCUGAAACGUCGUCGCUCCGUAACACAGAUCGACUGACUGGAUUUCCACGUCCUGAGCGCACUGGGUGGUUUAACUGGCUCGCUGAAUGAGAGGAAACUAACAAAUUAACUACAGCACCAACCUCACGUUUGAGCUCCAGGAGCGUCCCUCUUGUCACCGUCUUCACGUUGGACAGUUGGACUCUGGACUGGAGGAACACGUGAUUUGGUGGGAGGAGCUGUUGAGACAGAGCGGAGAGGACAUGUAGUCCUCGUCACACCCACGUCCUCCUCACUCAGGAUGUGGCCAUGCUACAACUUUGACAAAUAAUAAUUUUGAAAAUUAGGGAUGCACCGAUUUAUCUGCUGAGCGUCAGUAUCGGUGGAUAUUCGCCUCGUCGACUGUCGUCGGCCUCUGGCAAACCACAUGACAUUUACCGAUGGCAGCGGCCGAUGUUUUUCUGUUGUGUCACAUCAAUUGUGCGCAGCGUUCUGCAGACGACAGAAAACAUACAAACGGAAAUCUUCCUGGGACACUUUGAGACGAAAGGAUGCAGUAAACUCACUAUCGAUGCGUCAGGAAACACACCCUACUGUCUGCCUGAUAACGCUACGUCGUGAACAACCUGUUAAAAUCAGCAGGAGCAGAGCUAGUUAGCGUUAGCUCGAGCAGCCAAGGCUGCAACUAACAGCUGCAUUUAGUUACAUCACGAUGUGUUCGAAUUCUGUUCGGUAAAAACAAGCAUUGGGAGGAGGUCAUUUUAACGUUAUUAUGAUGUUUUCAAAAUGUAAUCAAGAAACUUGAAUAAAUUUGAGCUGUUUGAAGAAGAAAUGUGUCGAUGUUUUUACAGCAAAAUGAAACAGAUGUUAGAGAGGGAAUUCUGAUUCCUAUUAAACGUUUCUCAGUUAUUAAAGGUCGUUUCAUAAAUGAGUGUAAUGACGGACUGACUUUAAACAGUUCAGUUUUUUUACCACAGAUUUCUUUGUUUGGCACAAAAAGGGAAAAAAUAACAACAAAAAAAACAAAACAAAAACAAAUAUUGGCCCAGAAUUUUAUAAUCGGUGCAUCCCUAUAAAAAUUUAACACAACUGACAUGUUUUGUUGAAUUUACUGCUGGUGAUAAAAAACAUCUGUCAUUUCCCAACGGUUAAUUUUCAUCUUUCUUUUUUUAAAUGAAGGACAAACAGUUCUCUCCUGCCUCUGUUUUUGACGUGUCCAUGCCUUUCUCGUGAGCGCAAUAUCUCAACAACACCUUGAAAGAAUUUCCUCAAAUUUGGCACAAACGUCCACUUGGACUCAACGAUGAACUGAUUUAGAUGUUGAUGGUCAAAGGUCAAUGACACUAAGACCUUGCAUCCAUCUCUUUCUAAUAUCUCAAGAAGGCCGUUGGGGAAUUUCCUCAAGUUUGGCACAGAUGUUCAUGUGGACUAAAGGAUGAACUGAAAUGAAUGGAUCUGAAUGAAAUAACUAGAUUUUGGUGGGACUAGGUCACUGUGACCUCAUUGGUUUCAUUCUUGUGAACACGAUAUCUCAAGAAUACCUUUUAAGGAAUUUCCUCCAAAUUUGGCACAAACGUUCAAUUGGACUGAAGAAUUAACUGAUUAUAACUUGGUGGUCAAAGGUCACUGUGACCUCACAAAACAUGGUUUUGGCCCUAACUCAAGAAUCCAUACGUUAAUUAUGACAAAACUUAUACAAAUGUCGAACAGGAUAAAACAAUGAAGUGAUGACAGUUUAUAUCCAAAGGUCAAAGGUCAGCUUCACUGUGACAUCAUCAUGUUCCACAGUCCACAUCAGAGUGUAUCUCAAGAAGGCCUUGAGGGAAGUUCUUUGAAUUUGGAAAAAAAACGUCCAUUUGGAUUCAAGAAUGGUCAAAGGUCAAGAUUUAUGUGACUAUCUUGCUCUCGUGAACGUGAUAUCUUAAGAAGGCCUUGAAGAAAUUUUGUUAUAUUUGGCACCAACAUCCACUUAGAUUAGAUUUUGGUGGUCAAGGUGGUCAGUAAGCAUGUUUUGGUACAUAACUCAAGACUUCAUUCACUAAUUCUAACUUCUAACCAAACUUGACCGAAAUGUCUAACAGGUUAAAAUAAUGAAGGUCAAAGGUCAGCUUGACUGUGACACCAUCAUGUUUUAACGUCAUAUCUCAGGAACAGAAGGGGAGACAUUUGGUCAGAUACUGAAUUGGUGACUCUAAUCUUGACACUGUGCUGAUUGUAUAGAUCUUCUGUGUGUGAAGCAUCCAUGUUUUCACUGACAUGGAUGGAGACUGUCAGAGACACUGGACUGGUGGGCGGAGUCAUACAACCACAGGGUGGACUGGUGGGUGGAGUCAUACAACCACAGGGUGGACUGGUGGGCGGAGUCAAACAACCAUGAUGACCCUGUGAUUUUAAAUAUGCUACGAUAUGCAAUAUAUACGAUAAAAUAUAUUGCGAUUUAUUCCCUUUUUUCAACAGUAAAUUUUGUCCCCAAAGGAAAACUAUGUCAACAUCUUAUUAUCUAAUAACACAAAGUUUUCUGUCUGUUCGUCUGACCUCAGCCAUUUUUUUGCAGCAAAAUGUAUCUAGUGGACUGAACAAGCAUCUGAUUACAUUACUGUAGCAGGCUCAGUAGUUAAAGUUUUAAACGAGUUGACCCCAGAAACGGGACAUUGUUGUUGUCUUGAUGUUAACAGCUUUAGAGAUGGCAGUAAUGUGCUGCUGAAGAAUGAGAAAUCAAGUCUAUUAUAAAAAAUAUAUUUGUAAAAUUAUUAAUGGAAAUAUCAUGAUGAGACAUUGCUACAAGCCAGAUGUUUAAAUAUUUGUGCCGUUGCAUCAGUUAAACACUGAGAGCUCCAGCAGAGCUCUGGGUGUGCUGAACCUUGUCAGCCACUGCGGCCCGUAAUGAAGCACGGUGAAUUUGAUCAUGUAGAUUUAUUAGAGGAUAAGUUUGAGCUAACUCCUGAACUUCACCCUGCGACCCUGGUGAGCAUCACAUUCCUGACUUAAACCUCCAGUCUGUUUGAACCUUGUAGAAAACAGUAGCACAUGUUCACACACCUCUGUGUGAUUGGAACCACAACACUGAGACUAACAUGUUAGUAUGUGCUUGUUGCUCUGCUGCCUGAUGUGCUGUUGAAACUCCAACCCUCUUUUUCUUCGUCCCAACUGACACUUCAUCAUCCUCCCUUACAGUCAGCUCUCUGUCUGACUGACUGACCAAAAUGACUUGUAACUGUCUGCUGUGACACCGGGCUGUGAUGUUUCCUUCCAACCAGAUCCUGACAAUAAAGAUUUUAUUAUUAAAAGAAGACAA